UCAGACCUCGACGAAGAAGCAGAAGACGACAACUUUUUUCAUUUGAAGAUGGCUAUGCAAUCCGGUAUAGGGUUAUCAAGGAUUUUGAUUCUAGCUGGAGCAGGUUAUACAAGUACUAUUCUGGUCAAGAAUGGAAAAAUGGCCGAUCUUUUGGGGGAGCUACAGUCUUUUGGUGAAGCGUUUUGAGAAAUCUGGAGAUCAUUCAGAUGAUGAUUCUGAUGACGUGGCUACUCAGAUGCAACGGUUAGCUAUGGACAUCCGGCAGAUAUCCUCCUCCCGCCAGAUUACUGUUAUGAAUGGAUCUCAACGAGCUGACUUCACCCCGUUUAUAGUCCCGGCAGCGACGUUAGGAGCUAUAGGUUACGGCUACAUGUGGUACAAGGGUAUGUCAUUCUCUGACAUCAUGUGCGUUACAAAGCGGAGCAUGGAAGAGGCAGUCUCGAACUUGACUAAGCAUUUGGAUACCGUUUCUGAAGCUCUUUCUAAUGCUAAGAAGCACUUGUCUGAGCGGCUGAAGAGGACGGAUGAUAAGAUGGAAUUGCAGAAGGAUCUCUUAAAGGGAGUCCAGGACAAUGUGGGUUUUGCUCUAGAGAAUCUUGCUAACAUUGGAGAUGAUUUUGACGCAAUGCAUAGCAUGUUUGGUGGUAUGGGUGGGAAAUUAGAUAGCAUUGAGUACAAGCAGAAUAUUGCCAAUAUGGGUCUAAUGUAUCUAUGCGACUCUAUGGGCGGAGAAAAUCACAAGAUACCUGAUAUUCUGAUGCAGGAGAAGCUUCGACUUUCUGGCAAGUCAAACGCAUGUAUAGUAACUACAAACGAAGAAAAUUCAACCUCAGAGUCAGAGGGUUUGAAAGAAAGCGACAAGAUAGAGCUACUUGAAGGCUGAUUCAGAUGAUAGUACCAAAUAUCAUCAAGCCUUGAUGAUACAAUAGAUGUAGUAUAGGAUAUACAGAGACUAGGAGUGAUUAUUAUGUCCUGGUGUUUAAAUUGAGUGUCCUUUGGGGCAACAAAAAAAGUGAUUGAAUAACCAAAAGAAUGAACCCUUUUUUUUACAACCAAAGCCUAAUGAUUUAUCCCUACAUUAUGCACA